AUGGUCAAUACAGUCUUCCAGAAUCCGACGCCCCUUCGAAUGAGACCUGGAGAGUUAUCAUUAGCGAAAGAAUUGAUGCGUAUGGAUGCUGUAUUUGGUGAGGUAUCACGGCAUAGUUUAAGACCUGAGUUUUCGACUUUCAUUUUGCCAAACAUUUACGAGUCUUGUUCGGAUUCAGUUGAUGCUUUCGAAUACGGAGCUCUGUUUCAGGCAUUGAUUCAAAAAUCGGAAAGUGACGUCCGCCGUCUUCUCCUUUCCUCAACGGACCUAGUUUUCGAAAGAGGUCACGACAACCAAACACCGCUUCACGUGGCCGUCUGCUGGCCCAGAGGUCUCAGAUUGCUUUUCGAACUUGUCGGAUUAGCCUGUGACUCUAUCAUUGAUGUCCCAGACUCAUAUGGCCAUUCCGCCAUUGAAUUUGCCAUCUUUUUAAACCAAGCGGAAUCUGUCAGGAUUUUACUCGACCACAGUGCAGCCGUGGGCCUCGAAGACGCAUCACUUUUCAUCCAUUCAUGGAUGAUUGAUCGGAUAGAAUUACGCGAUGUUUUUGGGGUACUUAGCAACGAGCUUGGUUGUCGUCGAAAACAACUGCUUUCGAUUGCUCUAGAGCAUCUCCCGGAUACGAGUAUCAGCAAACUUGGACUGCGAUCUGUGUCAGUAAUACAGAACAAUGCCGCUGAGGUCAUCAAUCACCUGAAGCUUCAGCUUGUUGACAUUCCUCAAUUUUACCAAGGGGCACGGCCCGGGACGGUUUACCACUCGCCAGUAAUGCCCGUCAAUCUAGCCGAAUCUUUGUUCCAAGCCGGGUUCACUGAAGUUGACUUUCUUGUUGAUGGUUACUCACCUUUAAUGAUUAUCCAAUUAUUAACGUCCUCAAUCAGCUUUGUAGGUGGAUUGUUGCAUUAUCCGCUGCCAUUGAUCAAUUUCUUCGAAGAAAAAGGGGCAGAUAUCCACAAGCCGAUACCACACAGCUCCUACAGCCUCUGCUACUGCUACCUCAAUCGCCCAGAAUGGCUCGCGCCAGUACAGUGGCCGAAACGAGAACAUCUACCAGACCUAUCUGAUUUGCUUGCAUCGUCUUCAGAGGGAGUAGCCGGUCAGUGCCGCAACCAGUAUGUGUACGACACGAUCCGCCUCUGCACCUUUGUCAAACUGGGAAUGCGGCAUACCUGCUGCAGCUACCGCAAAUUUGAGAAGAUAAUUUCGAGUGGCAAUUUCCAUGGCCCAGAGCAAUGUGGGCUUAGAGUCAUGGAGCCUGCGGAAGUCGCCGAAAUCCAGGAAGAGGACAGGCACACGGCAGAGCUCCUGGAAAUGUUGAUGGCUGAGUUUGAGGCGAGAUUGCAGAGUCACCCCGAGCCGCUCGACCAGUUCAUUCUAGGCUAUUGGGGAAGGAGGAUGAAACAAGUCGAAGCCGAAAGGGACCAAAUCGGCGACGAUAACAUUCAGGCUAUGCGGGACAUUGGGAUUCGUUUUGGAAGCGAGUCGGAAAGUUCGUGGGAGUGCGAGUCGGCGGCGAGCGACGAGGCAUAA